UAUAUAUAUAAGUGGGGCAUCAGACCACCAUAUUCAAGCACACUGUAUCCUAAAAGCUAAAAUACUUGUGCGUGAGGAUGAUAUCUCCCAUUAUCUUCAUCUUUUCUCUCCUGCUUUCCUCCGGCCAUGCUGCUGUGCAGGACUUCUGUGUCGCUGACCUCACAGCUCCUGAAAGCCCCGCAGGCUACGCUUGCAAGAAGGCUGAAAGUGUCACGGUGGCUGAUUUUGUUUUCUCCGGCCUAGGCGUUGCCGGUAACACCUCAAAUUUUAAUAAAGCUGGAGUCACCUCGGCAUAUGUGUCGCAGUUUCCUGGUUUGAACGGGCUUGGAUUUUCUUUCGCUCAUCUGGACAUGGAGCCUGGUGGAGUUGUGCCGAUCCACUCACAUCCUCGGGGUUCAGAAGCCAUAUAUGUUGUAAAAGGGAGAAUCACCGCUGGGUUUGUUUCCAGUACCGCUAAUAAAGUUUACCUUAAAACUCUUAAGAAGGGUGACAUCAUGGUUAUUCCACAAGGAUUACUACACUUCGCAGUGAAUGCCGGGCAAUUUCCAGUCGAAGCAUUUGUUAGCUUCAGUAGUGCAAACCCAGGUUUCCAGUCUCUGAACUCGGCUUUGUUUGGAAACGAUUUGCCCACUGAAUUGGUGGCAGCAACAUCUUUCCUUGACGUUCCUCAGAUUAAGAAGCUCAAGGCCUUUUUUGGUGGCACUGGUUAAUUUAUAUUUUUGUUUAUUUUCCACUUUGUUCUCUAAAUUUGGUCUCGCCCGAGGUAAAUUUCAUGUGAAGUACAAUACUUUAAGCUUUAUAUAUAUGUAAUAAUAUUGUGUUUUUUUUUUU